UGAUCUUGCCCCAGGAACCCAGGGGACUGCAGUUAUGAUGCAUCUGAGCUCAGGGGCCUAACUUUCCGUCUACGUACAAACAUUCCUUCUGAUUAAGCUGAAGCACACACUUCUGCAAAGAAUAAAAAAUAUUUGAACGUGCUCCCGAGAGUAAUAUCAUUUAAGCAUGAUUUUGGCCACAGCUAUUUACAAGUUAAGCUUUUGACUGAAGUGAGUAAUUUAAUUAUGUAGAGCCUGUGAAGUUCUCCCUUUAUUUAUGUCUUUCGCCCACUUGUGUGGCUCGCACUGCUAUUGGCUCGGGUGCCGGCAGCCUACUCGAUGACUCUGGAGUUACAUAAGGCUCCACUCAGAGCCUAUAUAAAGCCUUUUUGCACUCCAGCAAGAGGCAGAAUUUCAUUGAGACACAGGUCCACUGCUUUAGUUCGCACAAGCAGGAGGAGAUUUGUUUGAAGAUAUCCUGAAACCUGAACCCGUGCUGGUUUAUUGCUGGCUGGCACUUCACAGCUUUCAUCCUGAGUCGCAAGUAUCAGCUACUGGGAGUAGCUUCUGUGCACUAUGAAGAAUUUUUCAUUUCCUAUGCAGGAUAGCACACAUCAGACUGAAAGUCCUCCUCACAGAUUUCUGAGUUUGACAAAUAAGUCAGAUCCCGUUGGAAGACCGGAAAGAGAUGAGCAAUUAGCUCAAGUAGAGAUUGCUGUACUGGGGGUGAUAUUUCUGACAGCGUCUGUGGGCAAUUUUAUUCUCAUUCUGGUGCUGUGGAGAAGAAGAAAGAAGCUCUCUAGGAUGUACGUAUUCAUGCUGCACCUCAGCAUAGCUGACUUAGUGGUAGCUUUUUUUCAAGUGCUGCCUCAACUCAUAUGGGAUAUUACAGAUGUUUUCAUAGGGCCAGAUUUUUUGUGCAGAAUCAUCAAGUAUCUGCAAUUGCUAGGCAUGUUUGCCUCCACUUAUAUGAUAGUGGUCAUGACAGUGGACAGAUAUCAAGCAGUUUGCUACCCUAUGGUCACUUUCCAAAAGAAGAGAGCUCUGUGGAACAUUCCCAUUUGCACCAGCUGGUCUAUAUCCUUGAUUCUUAGCCUACCACAGGUAUUUAUCUUUUCUAAGACUGAAAUAUCUCCAGGUAUCUUUGAAUGUUGGGCUGAAUUUAUUCAACCGUGGGGCCCAAAGGCAUAUGUGACAUGGAUUUUUAUAGUCAUAUUCUUCAUUCCCUCGACCAUCCUUAUCACAUGCCAAGUUAAAAUUUGCAAAAUAAUCAAAAGAAAUAUAUAUGUGAAAAAACAGAAUGAAUAUGAAGUAACGAAUCAGAAGCAAGUCCUGCCAUCCCGAGCCAGCAGUGUGAACUGUAUUUCAAAGGCUAUGAUCAAGACUGUAAAAAUGACAGUGGUGACAGUUGUUGCAUAUGUUCUCUGUUGGUCACCAUUCUUCAUUGCACAGCUGUGGUCUGUGUGGUUCCCCAGUGGCAUUACUGAAGGAUCAGCAUUCACCAUUAUCAUGCUUCUCGGCAAUUUAAAUAGUUGCACCAACCCGUGGAUUUACAUGUAUUUUUGUGGCCACAUUCCAUAUUGCACAAAUAAACAGCUGGAAAACACAUCAGCUCAAGAGGAGUCGGUGGUCACAGGAAGCAUUCAUCUUGUAGACAGAGACCCUGAGGAAAACAGUACUUGUGCAUAAAUGUUGAAUGUUAUUUGUUGUUCUGUUAUUUGCUAUGUUCAUGAGACAUAUCAAUAUUUUGUACUGUUCUGUUAUUUGCUAUGUUCAUGAGACAUAUCAAUAUUUUGUACUGAUGCUGGAAAAUUGUCUUUUGUUGUUAUAAAUAUAUUUUUCUGUGUUUCUGUAGCAUGUGCAGAACUUUCUGUGUUGUACAAGCUUGACUCAAUACUUCUAUCUUCACUCUAUUAUCAAAAUGAAUUCCUGUAUAGAUUGAAAAAGAUAAAGAAAGACAACCUGGAUAUUUUGUGUCUUACAUUACUACUGUGAUUCUGGAUCUCUAAACACUAGGUUUUACAACCUGCCCAACGAAUUCAGAGAAAGUUACAGAAGAAUCUGACAUAAUUAGAUUUAAAUAUGUGCUUAAACUGAACUUUAAAUUGGUUGUGACUCUUAUGCGAGUGGGGGAUGGUUUGAGAAAUCUUGAGAAGGCAGCAGAAAGUCAGAAAAAUCAAUUGCCAGCUGUAAGUAGUGCCUGUUUUAUAUACACUCCUUAUAUACAUUUAUUAAACGAUGAACAGUUUUAUGUCCUCUUAUGGAAAAUAAUUCAGUGUCCUUGUGACUGUGAACAGCUAUUUCGGUUUCAAAUGCAGUACAGUGACAUUCCAGGUUUGUGGCUUCCUAUUACAUAGCCAUCAAUACAGGACGUGAUCUUCCCUGCCUUCUGUGUUGACUGAAACUCUCCACACUUAUACACACAUAUAUAUGCCUUAAAUAGAAAUGACUGCCGUGGGUGUACACUUCUAUUUGGUAUUCUGCGUAUUUUUGUGCAGGUUGUAUUCAGACCCAUUUGUUCUGGUAUGUGAUUUACUGACAGUGGGCUAGGACCUAUUCAGGUUCAAAUUCAAUCAUUUCACCUUUAUGGUAAAAAUAAAUCUGUGUCUCUUUCUUUCAUAACUCUGUUUGCUUUCUAGUGUGUCAGUAUUUUAUUCAGGAAGUUAUUUCCCUUUCAGUGUCUAAAUUUUAAUUAGAGCAGUAUGGAAGGAGUAUUAGAAAAGCUCUUUCAGGUGAACAAAGAGCUGCAUUUGCAUAGAUUCUUGGCAAUGCUUGCACAUCAUUUGCCUACGUUACAUCAAUGUUUUGUCAUUGCUCUUCAUACUUCAUUUUAUAAAUGCUAGCUAUCUCAAAUUUCAGUGGAAAAGAUACGAGUGUUUUUCAAAUAGCCUUUAAGUUGUACUGAAAGUAAUUCUGAGUAAAUACCGAUUGAAUUGUUAUACUUCAAGUUUGUGUGUGCUGAUACUGAAUAUUCAAUCAUUUCCAUUCUCCAUGUAGUUGGAGCAUACAAGGGUACUAACCAAAUAUUGCAGUUCCUUUUGGUGGAAGAAGCCAGUGCUCCUGUCCAACUGGCCAGGGUAUGGCUCCAGCAAGAAGGAAGUGAAAGAAGUUGGGUGAAGAUAAUGCCAGAGCUAGAUGGGAGUGGGAUGACUGUAAAAACAUUCUUUCAACUGCAAUUGUUUUGUUUGAUUUUGUUUUUUUCCCCCAUCCCUCUCUUUGAUUAAUGGUUACUAAUUCUCCCCCAAAUCAUAUUCCAAGAUAGAGCAGUUAUUAACUUAAACGACAGUGUCCUUAUUUGGAGUAUGAAGAUCCAAGAUAUAAUCUGUACAGCCAAUAAGAUAUUUGUUGUAUUAAACUGCUCAUGUUCCAGAACUUUCUUUCAAACAAGCUCCAGGUAGGUUCUCCCUUUUGACUUAAUCCAGGGAUUAAAGUUUUUUCUUUUGUCCUUCCGGUUCCUUUGAUUACAGUGAAUUACAUGGUAAAAUGGCAGCGUUAAAGGUCAGUGUAAGAAGAAAAGCUUCAGGGAAUUACCUAUGACCUGGUACUACUGGAUUUGCAGAAAAACGCAUUGAAAGACUCAGAAAGUACAUAUAUUCAUCCAUAGGUAUCACUCGCCCCUGACAGACACUCUCAGUGGGGAAUUCGAUUUUGGCCGACAAUUAUCUGUCAAAAAAUUUCAAAUGAUGUAAAAAAAAUCUAAUAACUUUUCUUAUUUUUCUAGCUCAGUGUUUUUAACAGGACUUUUCUUAAAGAAACAGACAUUUAAAAAACAUAACGGAUGUCUUCCCUCUGCAAAUUUGGACUUCAGUUUUCUUGAUUGUUAUAGUCUGAAUAUCUUGUGCCCUCAUUAUCCCCUAUAUUUUGAUUCUUUAGUUGGAUUGUAUCUUUCCUAAUUCACUGUCACUUUGAUUUCCCAUAGGCAUUAAAGUGUUUCAUUAAGAGUGAUGAUUCUGAGACAUCCCUCUUGUCUGACCAGAGUGUUUUAUCCAUACAGGAGAAUCAGCAACUUGAAUCUACAAGACCCUGGAGGUACUGUGGAAGCACACACAAAUGAGAAAAUUCAGUGAUCAGAUGAAAGCCUUCCUCGUCAAUGCUUAGAUCCUGAUUUCUCACAGCAAUUAAUUUCUGAGAAGGAAAAUGCAGUUUGCAAGUUUAUGCAUAAACUGAAUGGCUAUGUUGUUGAUAUUGGCAGUGCAGCAUAAUUUCUGGGUAUGUGGCUUUGCUUAUUUGUUGUUGGUGGGUUUUUUUUGUUGUUGUUUUUUUUUGUUGUUGUUGUUAUAUUUCUUUUUUUUCCUCCCAGGUUUUGUUACCACUUAGAAAAGGCAGAAUUUGGUAAAAAGCAUU